GCAAAAAAAAAACUUCCAAUUCUUGUCUCUGGUUUUCUGCUUUGCUUUUUGGUGUUGUUACGAUUUUCGGGUCUUUUCAUGUGUUUAUUUUAAUUUGUGACUAAUAUCCAGAGCCUGUAUAGUAUUUGCGGGAUAGAUUAAACUUUAUUUCAUUAAAUAAUUCUGAUAUACUUUACUUUCAGUUCAGUAAAUUGAUAUUCAUAAAACGAAGUAUGCCAUUUGGUGAUCGCCUGAAGUCCUAGAAAAUUGUUUAUUUACGUUUCAAAAAUGGAUAUCCCAGUUCAAAUAGCCGUCCGUCUCAAGCCCCCAAGCCUAGCAGACUCAACUCAAUGUAUCUUCAGCAAUCCUGUGACUCAAAUAGUUAUUACGGAAAGUGGGCAAACAUUCCACGUUAAUAGAGCACUUCCAGUGGACUGCUCUCAAGCCAACCUCUUCAACUCGUUCAUGAUACCACAAAUAAACUGCUUCCUAGAUGGCUGUGACACAUCAGUGGUCGUGUUCGGACAACCCAAGACCGGGAAAACUUACACAUUGUUUGGACCUGGUUUUGAAUGCAUACAUAGUGAAAGUGAUCAAGGAAUCAUUCCAAGAUUCAUCACAGAUAUAUUUCACAAGAUGAACCAGCUACCAGAAAGGGAGUUCAUUUUACAUCUGACAUGGAUGCAAGUUGUCAACAACAACAUCUUUGAUGUGCUUGGAGUGGGCCUGGUGAGGUGCUACAGUGUUGAGGAAGCCUUCCAGUACCUACAGCUGGGCUGGCGACAGCGGUGCCAGGGAAACCAUCAUACAGUGUUCACUGUCAGCAUGGAACAGAAGUGGGUUGGAACAAAUGGAGUCCUCAAUCAUAGACUAUCAACAGCCAGCUUCUGUGAUCUAGCAGCAUACCCUGACCCAGGCCUUUAUGCCCUGGAAAACAUAAUAAAAGAGCUGCUAGCUGGAAACCCACCGAAGCAAAUCAACUAUGACCAGUGUAUACUCACUGCUAUGCUGAAAGACUCAUUUGGGGGAAGAGCCUUCACCUGGGUCAUUGGUUGUAUAGGCACUGAACCAGAAGACUACCAGGAGACAUUGCAAACAUUAAACCUGUGCUUGUGUUGCAGAGGAAUAAAGAACUUUGUCACUGUAAAUACUUUUGCCGACAACAAUACACCAGUGUAUGCUGAGAAACCAAUAAUGCCUGCCAAUGACAAUAAUUUUAAUUUACAAUUUGCAACUACACAGUGGAUUAAGCUAGUAUCCAAUGCUGAGGGAUUGUUUAAUAAAAUACUGCAGUCAAAGUCACUAUCUGAGGCUGAUAUUAGUCAAGUCAGCGAAUGGUUGUUUUUGAAGGCUGAAUGUGAUGAGUGUUUAAAUACUGAUAUAGUUGUAGAUAAUAAAGAUAUUGGACAGAAGCAAGGUCUGCCUCGGAUAGCUGAGGAUACAGAGCCUAGUGAACGGAGUGAGUCUGAUGAAGAGACAGACUCUGAAGACAGCCACUCGGAUACUGUGUUUCAAGACAAACUUGAUAAGUUCAUGGAAUAUUUCAGAGAGAAGAAUGAUCAUCUGUUUGCUGAGAGAUGUGAAGAGUACUUGAACCACAUUGACUCUGAUGACAUCACAAUUUCAGAGACCAGUGGAUCUCAGUCUCUGCCUGUGCUGACUUCUCAAUCCAAUUCAGGCAGGAGGAGAACCAUUCAGCCUGGUGAAAGUCUAUCAGGACCAGAGUUAGAACUUCUCAGAAAGGUAGCAGCAAAAGCCAUAUCACCAGAAUCUCAAAAAAUUAUAAUUGAAUCUCACAAAAAAGAUGUUGAUCCUGAACCUAAAUUAAUUGAAAGAGAACUACUCAAAAUGAUAGACAACCCAAAGACUACGGAAAUAUGUAAGAAAUAUAGGAUUACUAAAGAAAAAUAUACUCAAAAACAAAGCUUGGCUAGAAAGCUAUCCAGGGAGAUAAGCAGUAGUCAAACACAAUUGAAGGAAUUGAUAAACCUUUGUAUAUCUAAGGAGAAAACUAUUGAUGAACUAGCAAGAGCAAUAGUUAACUCACAAAACCGAUCUCAUGGUGACAGGGUCACUAGUAAGCACCAAUACACAAAAGCAAAGGCUGAUUUAGCUGCUAUUAAAAUGAAAUUUGAUGGAGAAAUAAAUAACACAAAAUUAGAACAACAAAGCAAUUAUUUUAAAUCUGUGAUAGAGAGGUAUGAGAAGCAACUCAGUGACAGUGUUGAGUCAAGUCUCAUCGAUCAGGAUACUGCUAAAGAAAUAAGAAAGCAUGAGACUAGCAUUAAAACUUACAAGAAAAGAAUUGAACAAAUCAAAAGACAAAUAAAGAAGGAUGAAAAGAGAAAGAAUACUCUGGAUGUAGAACUUGUUAAGGAUAAAAUGAAGUUAGACGAACUGUCUGAAACAUCAAUAGAAGUGAAAGACAAGAAAGUGAAUACUCUGAAACACUUCACAAAUAGAAUAACGCAAUUAGAUAAUAUUUUAAAGGAGAAGACAAAUGAUUUGGAAAACUUAGACUUAUCAAAGGAAAGGGAGUUAAUGUUAAGGAAAGAGAUAAAAAACUUGAGGAAAACAAGGGAAUGUCUUCAUGAGCAGAGGUGCAGUUUGGGCCACAAGCGGAAAAUGUACAAAUCUUUAUCUGAUUCCGAGGAACGCAAACUCCUCGAGUGCGAAGAAGCCAUAGAGGCGAUAGACACUGCCAUAGAGUACAAGAACAAUCUGAUCUGUGGCAAGUCUCCCUCGGCCUCCUUGUCGGAUUCGUAUGGAGACGGCAAAGACACGCGGUCUCGAGGGGAACAGAUGCUCAUGGCACGCCUGGACAAACUGUCGCAUGAUGAGAUCAAGACGCUGCUGUAUAGAUAUUUCCAGAAGGUGGUAGACCUACGCGGGGCGUGCGCGGCGCUGGAGGCAGCGGCGGCGGCGGCGGCGGGCGAGGCGGCGGCGUGGCGCGCGCGCGCCGCCGCCGCCUGUCGCCACGCGCAACGGGUUAAGAACGCUGCUCAUGCUAGACACUACAACCCCAUGCAGCGGCUGCUGGAAGGCGGUCACAACUACGAGCGCGCAUUGGCUCUCGGCAUGACGACCGACUCGGAGACGUCCGACGACGCGAUGCGAUUGGUCGACCGCAUGCGGCAGCUAGCACGAUACCCGCCUGCGCCAGUGAUUCCCUCCCAGAACCUCCGCCAGUUGAUGCCGGCCACGCCCGCGCCCGCCGCCACCGUCACCAAGCAACGCAACAAGCUAGUUAUAGUGCAGCAGAACAAGCGACGAUGAUACGCGGUGUUGGUCUACGUGUUAGUGUGGUACGUGCUGAUUUUGCCGCGGAUGUAGGGUUAGGUACAGCCAGGGCUAUAAACACGUAUACUAUAUCAUCAUCAAUGACACUGUGGCUGCUGCUGAUGCCACCGUCACCAAGCAACGCAACAAGCUAGUUAUAGUGCAGCAGAACAAGCGACGAUGAUACGCGGUGUUGGUUUACGUGUUAGUGUUGUAUGUGCUGAUUUUGCCAAGGGUAGGGUGUUUUUAAUAUCUUGUAUCGUAUCACGCACGCGGGAUGGCACGCCAUUUUCCGGCGUCUUGCGUGCAUAUUCCACGCAAUACAAUGAAUACUUGUAUGAACGCGUGCGGGGCAAUCUCGCGUGCGUGAUCAAAUCCGCAUGAUGUUAAAAACAGCCGUAGGGUUAGGUACAGUUAACAAAAUAGAUAAGUAUAACCUCCACUGGUAUCUUUGAUUAUUGAUUCAUCUUUCGACGCAUAUAUUUUUCGAUCUCGACAAUGUCCAUACUUACUCAGCUGAUUGUACAGUCAACAUAGCUGAUAAGCACUAACAUGGGGUCUACCUAAUGAAUAUGGAGUUUUCUUUCUCAUGUAUCUUUCACCUGUGACUCAUAUUAUUGUAGUGUUCUGUAUCUUUGCCUUGAAUAAGCAAUUUUGAUCUUUAUAUCGUAUUAUUGUUAUUAUAGUCUCUAGUUAGGUACCAUCUACUUAUACUCUUUCGUAUAAAAUAAUGCGUGUUUUGAAUGAUUGUGAGAAUAUUAUUGGUGCUUUUAAAUCUGAUUCAAUUAGUGUUUUUUUAUUGUUAUUAUAUUACAUAAUAAGACCACUAUUUUGUCUUUUUAUCACAGGAUUAUUUUUUUAUGCGCACAAUAAAUAUUUGUAUUUUUACGGAACGAAUCACAAUGUUAUGAGAUUAUAAAAUUUUUGAAUUCAACAAAUUUAUACCUAUUUAAAAAGCCUUGUGGUCUCGAUAGAAUGAGCCGAUUUCUGUACUUUUUUUGAUUCAAUAAUUCUA